GUGACCGUCGUACUAAAACUAAGGCCCCAGGCGGGGUUCGAAGUUUAACAUAAAAUUAACAUUAACAUUAACCUUAGAUAAUUAGGUGAUUAGUUAUGGUCUAACAAUUAUGAAAAACGUCAGUCAGCAUGCGACGCAGUGGAAAAUUGUAUUUGCUGAUAAGGUCGUUGUAUCGACCAUAGAACUUACCAAAAGAUAACUUUAAACGAGACUGUUGAUAGUCCUGUUUUAUCAACUUGUUUGUCAAUAGCUUGCCUCGCCUUCGAAGCUGUUCAUACGAAGAGCAUGCCCUUGCGUAUCGAAUUAACUGGGAGUAAAAAACACCAUAUGUAGGUGAUGAAGGUAUAUUGCUACAUAAAUUGAAGUCAUCGCGUUUAUCAUAAAGUUUUGUUGUUUGGUUACCAUCAAUGUCAAUUUCCAGUCAAAUAUCCAAAUAUGAAACAGAUGACACAGACUCUGUGGUAUCUUUUAUUUCAAGUUCACUCGGAUAUAUAUCGAGUCGACGUAAGUAUGGAAAUAACAAUUGUAAAUUGAUAUAACGUCUUCGAUAUACCUGAAUGUUGAGUUGAAAGCAUUUUUAAAUAAUGUAGAUUCUAAAUCAAUAAAGCUGUGAACGCCAGACUAAUACUGGUGCCCCAGAGAGGAGUUUAAAGUUUAAAAUAGAAAUAGCAUAUGCUUCGAAAUAGAAUGUUACAAGGAACUGUUGUUCACGUGAGCAAUGUGGCCCAUGGGACUCUUGUUUAAGAACCUUUGUGAUUAUCAAAAACAGGUCACAUGUUUUAAAAAUUAAUACGAGUAUAUAUUUAAGCUGACUUUGAAUUCCCAAAAUGUUUUCUAUUCACCAAUGUAUUAACGGACUAUAUGCGGCAUUAUGCAUUUUCACACCAUGAUGAAUUAUGAAUUGAAAUAUUAACUGAAUCCUGGAAUCUUCAAGGGAAAAGGUAAAGGUUCAAAUGACUAUCUUUGUAAAUGUUGCAAUUUCUUCAAAACUUCAAAUGUUUAAAAAAUCUUUAUUUACAAUUGGUCUAUUUCAUGUGUAUAUGAUUUUAUGUAAUUAAUUUCGGAUGGGCAAUUUUUCUAUGUUUGGGUCCGGUAAAACUUAGUGUAUUUUGUAACUUCCGCCCAGCUUCUCUGUGCACAUGGUUUGACAAGAACGAUAAACGAAUUGUAACGUUUAGUGACUUGGUCAGGAGAACAAGGUAAAUUACAACAAGUUAAGCUUUUUUUUAAAAAGCCUACCGUCUUUAGAACAAACCCUAAACAGCAAUUAUAUUUAUCAAAGACAGUUUAAUUCUUUUUAUAUAAAUGUCACCUUCCUCUACAUAGCAUGGCGAGUGGAACAUUUUAUGUCAUGUGUCGUUUAAGCCUGCGUGUCUAAAAUUGAGAACUGCGUACCCGAGCUUGUAAGUUGAGAUCGACUAUAGGGUAAAAGAGAUCUUAGGUAGAGUCGUAGACUCGAAUUAUUUUGAUAAAAUCAAAGUUUUACCACUGCAUUUAUCUAUCUAUCUAUUAGGCAUACCGCAUCAUUUUUUAAAAUUUUGUAUGAAUAUUUGAAUAAACAAUGCUAAAAGAAAAACAAUAAUUUCAAUAGAUAUUAUAAAAUGUUAUUUUCUCUAGUUGGACCUGAAAACCAAACGCUGAAUUUCAUUCAUAGCAAUUUGUAUUGCUUUAUCGUUUUCUCACUUUUUAAGAUUUGAAAUAUACGAAAUUUGCUAAGUCGUACAUGAAAAAGAUCAUCAGAAAAUAUUCUCCCUUGCGUCGAACAGUAUUUCAACCAAUGAAAUAAAUGUAAAUUUUCACACCAUGUAUUUUCUACCAAUCACAAAGGAAAGGAAGUGAACAAACCGGAGACUGUAAAUUAUUUCAACUCUUUAUACCGUCUUCCAAGGAAGACGGUAAUUAUAUGCAUAUGUAUUUAUGCCUACUUAAACGUUAACGUCCUUGAUCUUGUUUAUAUACAUAUAUUUAAUGUAGACAUAACAAUUACUCUGUAUUUAGAGCAUUUACGUACAAGUAUUGCUAGGGUGGAUUUAUACAUAGCGCCAUUUUGACCCAUGCGUAGUGAAACGUUACUUUGAUAAUGAUUGGUCCCUUAGUAUUUUGUAUUAAUAUUUCAAUACUGUAUUUUGAUCAAAUAGUUUUCAUUUACUACCUAAAUUGCUACUGGUGGAAUUAUUUGUUGCACCCUUAGAAUUCUGUGUCAUUAGUAACUAAGAGUUAUUCCCUUUUGUACAAUCAAGUAAGGUAAAGCGCCAGGUUUGUUUACAUGUUUCGGUGAAAUAUCUACAUAAUAUUUUCUUUGCUACCAGAAAUGAUUUUGAUUAUUUACUUACAUUGAUUAGUGAAUGAAAUUUAUGUAUGGUUGUUAUGUAAUUACUAAUAAAUGUUGUAUUGUUUACAGUUCUUACGUUGAAGAACCAACAGUGAAUAAAAUUCUUCACCAGUAUUAAAGACUUGAUUCAUUUGGAUGGCCAAGCCAGCUACAAUCUUUUUAAAGAUAAAUUUGCUUUUUUGAAAUAGCUGUUAAUUAUCCGUACCAAUUCCUGAAGGAAUCUUAGCAACGAUGCACUGUGCUCAGACUGUAGUAGAGACAUGUACCAAACAUGGAGACUUGCUAGACAUGUUCUGUGUGGAUUGUGAGGAGAAUAUAUGUAUCACUUGUGUACAACAGAAUCACAGAUCCCAUGACUGGAACAGGAAGAAUAAAAUACUAGAUCGUCUAAAGUCAGAGCUCGCAGACCAAUGUCAUCUUGUCCGACAAAAAGAAAUUCCUUCGCUUCAAACAGAAAUCCAGAAAAUCAAGAGACUAAAAUCAGACAACGAAAAAGAAUUUGCAGAAGAAAUAGAAAAGAUUUCAUCACACACAGAAGCAGCUGUGAUGAGUUUACAUAAACUAUCAAAAGAUUUAGUACGACAUUGUGAAUUAUUAAAAUCACUAAACGAAGAGAACCUCGAGGAAAAAAAAAAGGAAAUAGAAACUAUUGUGUUUCAAUUUGAAUGUAGUUUGAAAGGCUUUGAAGAGGAAAUCAAGACUUCCAACUUGUCUGAACUUCUUCAGAUAAAAAAGAAAAUGAUCUCGAUCCCUCAUCCAAAAAAUCUGAACAAAGAAGAGACCACUUUGCAACAUAUCAAUUUCACAGCCGGUGAAAUAAAAGAGAACCUUCUUCGGUCAAUACUAGGAAAAGUUGAUCAAACUUCCAGGUCAGUAACGGUCUCCAAACUAUUGGAUGCAAAAAUAGGAAUAAAAAGAUUUAAGUAUAUUUCUCCGAUCUCCCAAACUCAUGCUUGGUGUAGGGAAUUCAGGUCUUCAGAAAAUGUUUUGAUUGACAUCACAAAAGGCUCGAAAGAAAUGACCUGUUCAUUUGGAGAGUACCAAUCGGCUCCCAUUCCUGAGGAUAUCAUCACCCUAAAAAAUGGCGACAAUAUCUAUACAUGGCAUGCUGGUCACUGUGUGAUGAAAAUAUCUCCUUCCAAACUCAAGGACGCUGAAACGGUUGAUAUUAAAGUGACAAAACUUGUAGAUAUUUCUCCAUUGUUUCCAGUUGGAAUCUGCGCUCCUUCAGAUAACCGUUUCCUUGUUUCUGCCAUAGAUACCCCAGCGAUCAAGCGCGAUAGUUUUACUAAAGAUCAACCACAGAAAAGUGUCGUCAUACUUUUAACAGAAAAGGGAAAGAUUAAAAAGAAGUUUCAGUAUCAAAAUGACAACAAGACACCAUUGUUUAUUUAUCCUUACAGAAUUGCAGAAAAUACUAACGGUGACAUUUGUGUCAUUGAUUUGUCAGGGACGAAUAAUGGACACCUUGUUGUUCUUUCAUCCUCUGGUCGGCUCAAAUUUCAGUACAGAGGUACUGGUCCAAACAAGGCAGACUUUGAUCCAAGGGGGAUUUGCUGCGAUUCCGCCGGUCAUAUAUUGCUAGGCGACUGUAACAAUAGGCGUGUGCAUCUUCUGAAUGAGAAGGGUAGUUUUCUGACUUAUCUGAUCAAAACGGACGAAGAACUGUGGUCAAUGUCUUUGUUUUCGACCACCUUGUGGAUUGGUGGGGAAAACGGAUUUGUUUACGUCUAUCAUUACCAAUUAAAUGACCCUUGAACUAGGAAAGGAAACAUAUCCUAUUAGAUUGUGUCAAAGGGAUAUUAUCUUAACCAAAUAAUUGCAAAAUGCAAUUACGUUUCUGUGGGGUUUUGGUGAUUAUUACAGUUUCAAGAAAAAACGUAAAUACGUGUGUAUUAUGUUUUAAGAAAUUACACCUUAUUGAUUAUUAAAUUUCGUGGAUCAAGCCAAUAUCGAAAUCAACAAAAACUGUUAGUCAACGAGUAUUUAUGAAACAGUUGUUCCUUUCCGCAUGAAAAAUAAAUUAAAUCUUCGAGACCUUAAGGAAAACACCAACCGUAAUCCAAACAUCAAACAACUUGUGAUGUUACCGCUUUUUAACAAGCAGGAUACAAUUGUUUGAAACAAAACAAUGUUGUACAUGGUUAUCAACCCAGAAAGACUGUGAAAUGCUACUAAGUUUUCUGCUGUAAUUAAGAAAUUUGAACCAAGAAAUGGCACCUGGAGUAGAUUGGACAUGGUUACUUAUUGUGUCAUUUAAUGUUAGCUUCCUAAACGAAUCAAGUAGUGACUCCCCAGAUAUAUAUUUUUUUUUACAAAGGAUUCGUUUGACUCCCUAGAUAUAUUCUCUUACAAAGGAUUCGUUAGACUCCCUAGAUAUAUUCUUUUACAAAGGAUUCGUUCUGUCCAUUAUUUUAAUUUUCAAGAUCCCUAAUGACAUUUUCAACAUAAAAUAUCUAAAAGAUACCUUUUUAUAGCAUUCUACACUAUUUGUGCCUGUACACUAAUGCUGUUCUUUGAAUUUGUCUUCAACAAGAAUAUUAUUUUCAUAUCCUGUAUAUUAAUACUUUAUCUUUGUUAAAAUCAUUUGAUCUUGAUUAUAAUUGUCAAUGCCCCAAAAGCUGGUAUUUUGAUAUACAGUUUUUUCAACUAUAAAUGCCAUACUCUGUCAACCACUUUUCAUUAAUGUAUGUGUUCAGUAACAGUUGUAAAUAAAGUUGUAUUUAGUGAUCGAUGCUGGGAAAGUGUAGCUUAAAUAAUCAAGUUUUGCUGUAGUGUAUCUCUUAUAUGUGCAAGGUUUAAUGUCCAGUUUCCCAUUGUGCAAUUCUCGAGUUUAUUUUUCGAGUACUGCGACAAUUGGUACUAGGAACUCUUCAUUCAUGUGUUGCCUUACAUGUAAUUUGCAAAUACGUGUACAAGUGUAGUGUGUUUAUUUUUCUUCUAGAUCUUGUUCAUACAUAUUUCAAGUAUAGGAUUAUGCAUAUUUUCUAAAUUAAAACCAUUUCUUUUAUAAAACUUCUUCAUACCUUAUUUUGACGUUUUCUAUUUUUGUAAUUUUUGGGCACUUUUAUCAAUCCUCUAAAAUAUUUUUUAUGUAAAAUCAAAUUAUACCUACUGUCAAUCAUACAUAUAUGUAUUUUGCAUAUAUGCCUAUGAUUUAUACUGGUGGAAAUGUAUAAUCUUUCAACAAUCGUGUUGCCUGUGUCCAUUUGAUAAACAGCAAUAUAACUGAACAAAUCAAAUAAAGUCAAAGUGAGCAUAUCUUCCUUUAAUUUUCAAAUUGUCAAUACUAGAGGAUAAAAACAAUAACAUUGAUAAAACACAUCUUGAAAUUAAGCAAAUAAAAAAGUUUAUGGAAUUGAGUAUACCAACGUUAAAACAUGGAAAGAUGGCAUAAAAAUGAUUUGAAGUACAAACAUAUGAACUUCGACUCUACAAAGUAUUCUGCGUGAAUUUGAAAUGCAUCUUUUAAAAAGAGGCUACAGUGAAAAGGAAAUCAAAACAAGUAUAUGUAAUGUGUACUUGCAAACUAUAGCACAGACAGUUCAUUGAAAAAUAAAACUGAAACUAAAAACGGAAAAUUUUCUCUUGUUUUUGUCACCAAAUAUAACCCAGGCAUACGGCAUCUUAAACAAAAACUGACUAAAUACUGGCAUAUUCUUACAAAAGAACAAGAACGUAGACAAAUUUUCUCAGAAUUACCGAUUGUGUCCUACAAACGUAAUAAA